GGAAAAAAGCACUCUGGUCUGGUGUGGUGUAACAGUUUCACAAUUUUGGAAAGACAAGCCCUAAUCACAAAAAAAUCCCAAUCUCGCUGAAAACUGCGACAAACCAAACCACCAUGAGAAACCUCUUUGGAACCACAAGAUCAUUGGCGACCAAAUUAUUAUUCAACACAAAAAAACCUCAAUUCACACCAUCAUCAUCAUCAUCAUGCACAAUUCGACCAUACCAAACUAUUCCAAUGGUGAUUGAAACCUCUUCUAGAGGUGAAAGAGCCUAUGAUAUCUUCUCUCGUCUUCUCAAAGAACGAAUCAUUUGCAUCAAUGGACCUAUCUCUGAUGAUACUGCUCAUGUUGUUGUUGCUCAGCUUCUCUUUCUUGAAUCUGAAAACCCUUCCAAGCCGAUUAAUAUGUAUCUCAAUUCCCCUGGUGGCGCUGUUACUGCAGGGCUUGCAAUUUAUGAUACUAUGCAGUACAUUCGGUCUCCAAUAAACACAAUCUGUUUGGGUCAGGCUGCGUCUAUGGCUUCUCUUCUGUUGAGUGCGGGUGCCAAAGGUCAGAGGCGUUCUCUUCCAAAUGCAACAGUCAUGAUUCACCAGCCCUCUGGUGGAUACAGUGGCCAGGCAAAGGAUAUUGCAAUUCAUACUAAGCAGAUUGUUCGAGUCUGGGAUGCAUUGAAUGAGUUGUAUGUCAAGCACACUGGCCAGCCACUUGAUGUUAUUCAGAAGAAUAUGGACAGGGAUUAUUUUAUGACUGCUGAAGAGGCAAAGGAGUUUGGGAUUAUUGACGAGGUUAUUGAUCAGAGACCUAUGACUUUGGUUUCUGACGCUGUUGCUGAUGAAGGCAAAGAUAAAGGUUCAAAUUAGAAUUUGAGGAGUAAUGUGGUUGAUUGAUUGCUAAACUACAUACAUUAUGGAACCUGAGGAAUAUAAUAUGGGAUAGAAUACAAGGUUUGUUUACUUUGAGAAAAAUUUUCUAUUUUCAUUUUUUGAUUUCACUUUUAAAAUGUUUUUAGUGUUUCCUGCACAAAACUUUAAAAACAGGAAACUAAUUGAAAACAAAGUGACAAUUUUGUCACAAAAUGAAAACAGAAAUCGUUUUCUCUAACAAGAUUGAGAUGUUGACCUCUCAAUGUCUGGUUGGAAAUCCUGCAUUUUGAACAUGUUUUGAAUGUUUUGCUGUUGGUUUAUCUUUCGAAUAAAACAGAUCAUAAAGUA